GUUUUGAGAGCAUGAUGAUUCAGGGCCCCCCACACGCACACACACACACACACAGAUGUGCACACACAAACGCAUGAGAAACAUGUGCAACGUGAUCAGGGUGUAUGUAAUGCUAAUGUGCUGGGUGGUGAUCUUUGAUUAGUUAAUAAGUAACUGUGUGUCUUAAAUGGGAACCAUAGUGUGAGUCAGAUGAUUCCUACAUUGGGUCUGUGCUGUGGUGAGUGCCCCAACCCCUCAGUGGAUCAGUCAGAGGCAGUGCAGCUCUCCAGUGUCUGCUGUAAGGGACACACUAUCAACAUUGCAAAACACCAGUGCUGAGCGUUUGGAAAAGUUGAAUGGACAGGGGCAGAGUAAGGACUGAGAAAGUGAUUCAAAAAGAGUUAAAGACGAGAGGAUUUUGAUCAUACAAGGACAACAUUAUUGGAUUGGAAUUUAUUCUCAACUUUCAAAAUAACCAUGGAACUGUCUCUGGUGAGUGGGAUUUUUAUAGAUCAUUUAGUAUUUGAUCCAUGGUGAAAGUCUGAAGGACAAUUCUAGAGUAACUUCAGUGACUGUUGUACAUGUACUGUGAAUAGCUGAGUAUGUUUUAUUGAUGUGGUUUCAGUGGUCUAUAAUAUGGCUUGGGUUAUAAUAUUUAAUAUCUCAGGUAAGAUUUCACAUGCAUUUUAUGUCAGGCUGUGAUUUUGGAUCAGGGUAGGUACCCAGGCCUACGUUCUCAAUCCAGCCCCUAUGUUAAUCACAGUACCAUUCUGUGACAUCAUUGAUUAACCCAGUUGUCCUUACCCCUCCUUUAACCUGCUGUAAGUUUCAGGCCACUUUCAUACUAUGCACUUUCUCAAGCUGUUCGAGAAUAUUCAAUGUUUUCUGUGUUUACAAGUUAUUUAUUGUCCUCUGCCCUUAAGUAGGUCAAACUCCUGGGUGCCACCUUAAAUCUUCAUAGACAUGCCAAACAAGUGAGCAAGGCUUUGCCAAGCCUCCACUGUGCCAACACUGCUAUUGGUCAACAAGCACUGUUGGUGGGCUGUUGCCAUAGCACCCUCAUUAAGGGAGGAGCAGGGACAUGUUUAGAAAGUGUGGGGUUCAAGUCCAAGUGAAGGAGUACAGGUUGUCAAUGUCACAUCACAGUACAGGAACUACCAAGUAAUUUACCAGAGCUGUAGACAUUGAAAUAUACUAGAAUUCCUGCCCAGUGAUAAGGAGAUAAAUACACAAUUACUAGUUCUAGAGCAGCACAUACUCUCUAGAAUGUAAACUGUGAUAAGUUGUUUUAUGGAAGCCAGAACAUACAAAAACAUGCGCAUGCGCUCGCACACACACACUGACAUUUACAAUGUAUGACGCAUGGCAUUUUGCAGAGAUGUGCAUUCGCUGGAAGCAGAAAGAUGAUGGGUAGAGUAGGAGAAGCAGCAUUGAGAGGUUGUGCGUGAGAGAGAGUGGAAACAUACGCCAGUGGAUUAAGCUGCUUUGUGAAGGGAAACCGAGGAAAGCUUAUAGAGAAGUGAAGAGCGGGAUGGAGGCUUUUGCCCUGACAACCCACCACAGUUCAUAACAGCUUAGCUGGAGAGGGGAAGAAAACAGGGACAAAUGCAGGAAAAACAGGCUCAGCCACUAAAAAGUAGCCCGGGGAAGGUAGGGAUGUGGACUGUAGGAGGGAUGUGUGUGUUGUUUUGUAUAUUGUGUGUGUGGCAUCUUAUUUUUUGUCUGUAAUGACAGCGUGUGAAAAUUGGAGGGACUGGGUAUGGUGUAUAUGAUGCUUUUUCUGCAGCCAUCCAGUUCUUUGUUGAUUUUUGUGUUGGCAGAUUGUUUAAAGAACUAAGCAUGCCAAUUAUAAUGCAUUAUAACACAUACUUGAUGUAGCGUGACACUUGCAGGGUGGGGAAUAGUGUGCGUGUUUAUGGGUUGGUGCAUCUUAGUUUUUCAAUGGAGAGUCCUUUGCCCUUUUGCCUGUUCUCUUCGGGGUCCCAUGUUGAUUUACACGCAAUUCUUGAGUCUGAAUGUUUGUUUUUACUGCUUGUGUGGGUAUUUAUGUAAUGUGAAUUACUGUAGCGAGUGUAUGUGCAUUUGUCCUAUUUCUCAGGCUUUCCAUCGUAAACAGUCAUAAGGCCCAUCAUGCUUUGGGCUCUCACCGAAGAGCACUCUACCGUGACUGGUGUGUGUUCGAUGUUAUCACUCUCCCUUCCUCCCCUCUCUGCUUGUCUCUCCCUUCAGGGUCACCCGGCUCUCAAAGCCUUUAUGUGUGGCUCUCUCAGUGGAACAUGCUCCACCCUGCUCUUCCAGCCUCUGGACCUGGUCAAGACCCGCCUGCAGACCCUUCACAGCAACAUGCAGCCUGGUUCAGCAAGAGUGGGGAUGGUGACUGUGUUCUUAAGUGUUGUACGGACAGAGAAGCUCAUAGGACUUUGGAAGGGGGUCUCACCAUCAUUUGUGAGGACCAUCCCCGGCGUAGGGAUCUACUUCAGCACCUACUACUCUCUGAAGCAGCACUACUUCCUGGAGCAGGGCCCCGGGGCCAUGGAGUCUGUGCUGCUGGGAGCUGGGGCCAGGACUGUGGCAGGGGUCUGCAUGCUGCCUGUCACUGUCAUUAAAACUCGCUUUGAGAGUGGCAGGUAUAACUACGUGAGCGUGGCAGGGGCUUUGCGCAGUGUGUGUCAAACAGAGGGACCCAGAGCUCUGUUCUCAGGGCUGACCGCCACUCUCCUCAGAGAUGCUCCCUUCUCAGGCCUCUAUGUCAUGUUCUACAGCCAGGGCAAGAACACUCUGCCACAAGAGAUAAGCACGUCUCCCUACGCGGCCCUGGCUAACUUCAGCUGUGGGAUUCUGGCCGGGGUCCUGGCUUCCCUGGUCACCCAGCCAGCUGACGUGGUCAAAACUCACGUCCAAGUCAGCCCACAUCUGUACAGGAGGACUGCAGACGCUGUGCGAUACAUUUACAAUGAGCACGGGUUUCAAGGGUUCUUCCGGGGCGGGGUGCCACGUUCUCUGAGGAGGACCAUGAUUGCUGCCAUGGCAUGGACGGUGUAUGAACAGCUGAUGGCCCGCAUGGGACUCAAGUCCUGAGGAGGGAUGACAAAAAGAGGGAUGACAAGUCCUGAAGAGAGAGAAUGAAAUGAGGAACGUGUGUGGACCGAGGAAGAAAGUGAAAGUCAAGUCACCGAGGACAAACCAGUACAGUGAGGAGUGUCCUGGAAGGCACUGCUGUGUUUGUUUCUUAAGACUGCCUAGUUGUGAGAGUGUGCCAAUGGACUUCUUCACUGACAUACAGUAUUCUGCCAUAACAUUAUUAACACAUUGCAAAGAUAUGAUACCUCAAGGACUGGUAUCCAUACUUUGACAGAAAGAUGAGGACUAGUAGUUUUAUUAAAAUGUCUGUAUAUUUGAAUGGAUUGCAAUAGUUUUGCAUUGCACAAUAUUGUCUGUCUUCAUUGUAUGUGAGGCUAUACCAAACAAUACUUUUAUUUAUUCUACUGGGCUACUUUCAAAAUUCUAUAUUGCACUAUUAGUCUUAUAAUAUUGUUGGUCCCUAACUAGCCACUGGACUCCCAGCCAAACUUGACUGUUUAAGCUACUCCAGGCUUUAGAUAUAUAUCCCACUGUAGAAUUCUACAAUGUCAGGUACAGUUGAAGUCGGAAGUUUACAUACACUUAGGUUGUAGUCAUUAAAACUAGUUUUUCAACCACUCCACACAUUUCUUGUUAACAAACUAUAGUUUUGGCAAGUCGGUUAGGACAUCUACUCUGUGCAAGUACUUUUUCCAACAAUUGUUUAGACAGAUUAUUUCACUUAUAAUUCACUGUAUCACAAUUCCAGUGGGUCAGAAGUUUACAUAUACUAAGUUGACUGUGCCUUUAAACAGCUUGGACAAUUCCAGAAAAUUAUGUCAUGGCUUUAGAAGCUUCUGAUAGGCUAAUUGACAUAAUUUGAGUCAAUUGGAGGUGUACCUGUGGAUGUAUUUCAAGGCCUACCUUCAAAUGCAGUGCCUCUUUGCUUGACAUCAUGGGAAAAUCAAAAGAAAUCAGCCAAGACCUCUGGAAAAAAAAUUGUAGACCACAAGUCUGGUUCAUCAUUGGGAGUAAUUUCCAAACGCCUGAAGGUACCACUUUCAUCUGUACAAACAAUAGUACACAAGUAUAAAUACCAUGGGACCACGCAGCCAUCAUAUCGCUCAGGAAGGAGACACACUCUGUCUCCUAGAGAUGAAAGUCCUUUGGUGCGAAAAGUGCAAAUUAACCCCAGAACAACAGCAAAGGACCUUGUGAAGAUGCUGGAGGAAACGGGUCUAAAAGUAACUAUAUCCACAGUAAAACGAGUCCUAUAUCGACAUAACAUGGAAGGCUCUCAGCAAGGAAGAAGCCACUGCUCCAAAACCGCCCUAAAAAGCCUGACUAUGGUUUGCAGCUGCACAUGGGGACAAAGAUUGUACUUUUUGGAGAAAUGUCCUCUGGUUUCAUGAAACAAAAAUAGAACUGUUUGACCAUAAUGACCAUCGUCAUGUUUGGAGGAAAAAGGGGGAGGCUUGCAAGCCGAAGAACAACAUCCCAAACGUGAAGCACGGGGGUGGUAGCAUCAUGUUGUGGGGGUGCUUUGCUGAAGGAGGGACUGGUUCACUUCACAAAAUAAAUGGCAUUAUGAGGCAGGGAAAUUACGUGGAUAUAUUGAAGCAGCAUCUCAAGACAGUCAGGAAGUUAAAGCUUGGUCGCAAAUGGGUCUUCCAAAUGGACAAUGACCCCAAACAUACGUCCAAAGUUGUGGCAAAAUGGCUUAAGGACAAAGUCAAGGUAUUGGAAUGGCCAUCACAAAGCCCUGACCUCAAUCCUAUAGAACAUUUGUGGGUAGAACUGAAAAAAGCAUGUGUGAGCAAGGAGGCCUACAAUCCUGACUCGGUUGCACCAGCUCUAUCAGGAGGAAUGGACCAAAAUUCACCCAACUUAUUGUGGGAAGCAUGUGGAAGGCUACCCAAACAUUUGACCCAAGUUAAACAAUUUAAAGGAAAUGCUACCAAAUACUAAUUGAGUGUAUGUAAACUUCUGACCCACUAGGAAUGUGAUGAAUGAAAUAAAUCAUUCUCUCUACUAUUAUUCUGACAUUUCACAUUAUUAAAAUAAAGUGGUGAUCCUAACUGACCAAAGACAGGGAAUUUUUACUGGGAUUAAAUGUCAGGAAUUGUGAAAAACUGAGUUUGAAUGUAUUUGGCUAAAGUGUAUGUAAACAUCCGACUUCAACUGUACCUGUUUUCCCUGGACUUUAGCACAACUUGUAUCUGCUUGUCUUUAAAUUGAAGGUAAAGAACACUAAUUGCUUAACAUACUGAUCCUUAGCUGGAAAUGCACUUUAACCACUUCCGUAAUCUAAAACCCUGGAGUGUCUCAUGCCGCAGUGAGUCUGCCUGCCUUCCCUUUGUGCCAAACUAAUGCCACUGUUCUAAGAUAUUAUUCUGGUAGAGAUGCUGUAACAUAUAAUAAGCUUUGCUUGCUGUCCAUUUGAGCUGUACAGUUGAUUUGCCUUAAAAGGAUAUUAUAAUUGUUAAUGUUUUCAUAUUUGAUAUAAUUUAUUACUGUUUAUUGUAAUGGUGAAUAAUUAUGCUGUUGUGUUGAGAACAUUUUACAAUUAAAACAUUUUUUUAUCAAAUGUUAUAAGAAUACAACAUGAGUCUGCUAAUAUUCAUUAUAUAAGGCAUUUGCUUUGUCUGUCAUGUAUCCCUUUUCACCUCUUCUCCCUUUUCUCUUCCCUUUCUCUCUCCACACUGUGAAACAACAGAAAGUGACAUGACAUUAGUGCCUUGGGGAACCUUUCCACCACUGCAACCCAUGCGUCCUCAGAAGGAAAUGAAAUGACACAUGACAUACUGAAUCCUGGCUGAGGCGGUGGGUAGGGGGUCACUGUGAGAGACGGGCUGACACGCAGGCAGCUCUGCUUCGUCCAGACACAUGUUCCAGCAAUGCCCUACUUAUAUGGACCAUAAAUCACAUGACAGUUGGUCUCAGAGCAUUAAUAACUACACCUACAACCCAACAUUGCCCUUGUUAUUCAAAGAGGUAAUAUGAAAAGCCCACACAGUACUUGAAAGCAGUGGAUGUUUCUAGCACAUGGGUCAUUCUCAGUUCCAGCAGUAGUAUGUCAAUACCGGAGGUAUGUUUUAUUUUCAUUUCACCUUAUACACAGCCAUUAUACCUACCAACAGUAAUAGUAGUGCAUGAUGAUAAUAUGCUUAUCACAGAGCUGUCAGACAUAAGACUGGGAGAAGGGGCAGGGUUGUGACAUCAAAGGGAUAGUUAAUGAUAAGGGGAGUGAAAGGCAAGAGUCAAUCAAAAGUAAGGCAUUAGGCUAUACUGAUCUAAACCAGUUUUCUUGGCUAUGUCUGUAUUUGACUAUUUUUUAAAUCUAGAAACCUUGUUGUACAAUUAAACCAUGUUAUUAGUUAAGUAGGAGUCAUAUUUAAUUGUUUGUGCAUUACAUGUCUAACACAUUAUGUAAAACAAACACUGUUAACCGAUUGGAAACUUGUGCAACUUUGUGGUUGUUUUUUUUAUCUUAAUGACAUGACACUCAGUUCCAACCCAAUCAGCUAUUCUCAUUGGAAACCUCAAGGACUGCAGUGAUAGUAUGUGUCACAGUGGCCUUUGCUUUCAAAGUUAGAUAGGGACCACUGACAUAUGAAGUGAGUUUGACACAGAUUAGGAGUUUAUUGAGGUCGUAGAUGACGUAUGUGUAAACUUUCUGUGGGGAAUACACAGUAUUAGGCAAGACUGCCUUUUCUUGUGCACCAGACGCAUGGAAUAGUCUACAAUCCAUGCUUCAUCUAGAUAUGUUAGUGCAACUGAAUGUAUUUAAAAUAUUAAUGGGAGACUAUGUUACAGAGGAGUGUAAAUUUUUUUUUUUUUUUAGACUGGAUCAUGUUGUAUUGUUGUAUAUUUUAAUUAUGUAAUGUAUUGAUUGUUGCUGCCUUCUUGGCCAGGUUUUCAUUGAAAAAAAGACUCUGGGUCUCAGUGGGCUUUCCUGGUUAAAUCAAAUCAAAUAAAUAGAUGCAUGCAAAUAUAUUAAGAUUGAGCCACUGGAAGGACUUUGAGAAUACCACAGUCUACAUAUUAACUUAAUUAUCAUUUUUUUAAGUGGCCUAUUCAACAGUUUGUUAUUUUUAUUCACUCAGUCACAUAACCCCACUUCCCGCAAUAACAUGUCUCCACCUGUAAUUACCCCAUGACCUUGACAUUGGUCCAAACAUUGCAAUUAUUUUUUUCCAGCACCCAACCAAAGAGGUCCAAGCCAUCUUGUCGAGCACCCAUUCUAUCUUUGUAUCUGAGACAAGUUGGCAUUUUCGCAAUGUAUCUUCUCUUAUGAAAAAAAAUGCAUUUUAAAACAUUUAGCAAAAUCACUAUGUACAUAUUGUGAUACCUUCACCAGGAACUCCGUAUCUCUAGCAAAUAAAGUUGCAACACAGGCAACUCUAACCGAGAAGUCAACGUCUCCCCAUUGUCUUAAUAUGGUCUUUCCAUCGCAUUGUCUUAAUAUGGGCUCCUCGUCCGACCUCUAGUUACCGGUUUCAACCAAAACAUACGCUACUACUCUGUGCUGCUGCUGCUGCUGGAGUGUUUGCGCCAUCUAGGGAAUGAAAUAUCCAAGAAGACAGUUAUAGAGCCAGUCAGCGAAACAACCAAUCAUGUGCUUUGAAACUUGAGUAUAUAUGUGGCGUAAUUUCCUCUUGUCUUCCUCUUUGACGCCGCGUGUUACAGGUUUCGCGGUGCGUUGCAGGGAAUGUGGUCUAGAUGUCCUUCAAAUGAAGGAGGAGGAUGUGCGGAAGUUCCUGGCUGCAGGAACCCAUCUGGGAGGAACUAACAUGGACUUUCAAAUGGAGCACUACACCUACAAGAGGAAGAGAUAUGAGAGCUGUGCUGAAGUUUGCCUCAGGCACUGGUGCCACGGUCGUUUCACCCCCGGAACCUUCACUAAUCAGAUCCAGGCUGCCUUCAGGGAGCCCCGCCUCCUAAUCGUAACGGACCCUCGUGCCAACCACCAGCCCCUGACUGAAGCCUCUUAAGUCAACAUCCCCACCAUUACCCUGUGCAACACUGACUCCCCACUCAGAUAUGUCGACAUCGCCAUCCCCUGCAACAAGGGUCACCACUCUGGAUCUGAUGUGGUGGAUGCUGUCCAGGGAGGUGCUGAGGAUGAGGGGCACCAUCUCCAGGGAGCACCCCUGGGAGGUCAUGCCUGAUCUCUGAUUCUACAGGGACCCUGAGGAGCCUGCCGCUCAUUGUUUUACCUGUCAGAUUGAGAAGGAGGAACAGGCUGAGUCUGAGAAAGCUGUUGGAAAGGAGUUCCAGAGAGAGUGGACUGCUCCAGCAGCUGAGUUCACCCAGCCUGAGGUGGCGGACUGGUCUGAGGGAAUGGCUGUGCCCUCUGUCCCCAUCCAUCAGUUCUCUGCAGCUGCUGCUCCUGCCAAGCCAGCUGCUGAGGGGUUCUCUGAUGACUGGAGUGCCCAGCCAGCCACUGAGGAUUGGUCAGCUGCCCCUACUGCCCAGGCCUCUGAGUGGGGUGGGGAGACUGCUGCUUGGUCCUAAGUAAUAGUGGCCUGAUGUUUAACAGUACAAUAAGUUGCUUUUUUGUUGUACAAAUUAACCCCUGACAAUUUAAACACUACAUUGUAGUAGGCAAGUGACCUUAACGGCAAUACUACAUGAAUAUUAACACAACUGUUAUGCUUACAUUUCACAUUGAAAUAACUUUUAAUUAGACUGUUGCCUUAUGUUGAGCCCUCUUAAUGCUGACAAAAGGGGUACAGCUCUGUAAAUUAAACUGUUGGGUUAUUCUGCCCUGCAAGCUUUCAGAAAUUAAAACAUACUGAAACACCA